AUGUCCGGAGAGGCAAAUAACACCCCGCAAUCGGGCCGAAGGCCGCGCCUCGGAUUGGGCAGGCGUGGUUGCCAAUCCACGCCCCUAAUGAGACUUCAAAGGGAGGAAUCCUCUGGAAGUACCCCAAAAAAUGGCAACCAGGAGACUCCAAGGGCUUUAGCAUUAUCCCUAAGCGCCCGCAGGAUAGGAUUGUCCAAAAACAGGACGGAAUUAACCAAGAAGAAGCUGGAGUUUGCUGUGGCCCAGGAAAACAAGGAAGAGGAGCAUGAAAUUGUAAAGAGAACAGCCAAAAAUGAGAUUAAGAAGCCGGAUAAAAAGAAAAAGGAUCCUGCAGAGCAUUCCCAUAAGCCAGAGGAUGAAGAGAUGCCCCAGGAUCCCCAGAAGAACCGGUUAGAAGAAAGUCCCCAGAACAGCAAAAUCACAGAGCUCCAAAGUGAUGUAGAAAUCUGGCGCCAGGCAUUCAUAGCCUCUGUGGACGAUCUCCUGGCGAUGGCGGAGCCAGGACUCUCGAAGCAGGACCUCCUCGCCCAGCUGGGCAUUCCCCUCGAGAUGCUGCGCUACCUCGAGGAGGAGGACUGAACCCUAGUUAAACAUAGUUUGCCAUAAGAUUUAACAUUAAGAAACUGUAUAUUCCCAGUGCAACAAGGAGGAAACUCAAAACCU